GACUAUGAGUCGGACUUCUUGAAAGAUGGGAAAUGGUCCAGAGUUGAUAAGCGGGCAUCGUCAAUGAUAUUGGCGUGCGUCUCGGACUCGGUGAAGAGUGAGUUACUGUCGACAAGGCUUGUUGGCACCCUGGCCAUGUUGUCGAGGAUCGUUGUCUUGUACAGACCGGGAUCUAUUGCAGAGCGCCAACAGGUGUUACGAGCUCUUGAAAAUCCUCAUCAGGCUGCUAACGCUGCCGAGGCUGUUGUGGAGCUGAGGAAAUGGGCCAGAUGGAUGGCAAGGGCUACGGACAUUGGGAUUCAGUGUCCUGAUGCGAGUGUGCUGGUUCGAGGUUUGGACAGCAUAGUGCGGAAGGUAUUGACGGACCACGCCGACAUUGCCUUCCGCAUCUCCAUGCUUCGCUACACGUUGGAGGCGAAGACCAAGGCCAAGACGCCAUGCCGCUUCUUCCUCACGGACAAGGGAUGCUAUUUCAGAGACCCCGGCUACUACGGCUUCGGCGGCAUCUGUGGCACCUACUACGACAACCUCACAGCCCGAAGCAGUUCAGAAUCAGGCGGUAGGAGUUGGUUGCGACCCGGCUACCGGAAGGCUUCCGAGGAGGAGCUUUUGGACGCUGAUCAUGUUAGAGUACAGCUUGCAGGAGGACGUGAAGUCGUUCUUUCACAGGGCCGCCAUGGGUCCUUGUUGGCGGAGAAGACGGGGGCCGCCAGCUCGGCCCCGAUUGUUCCACUUGGAGCGCUCGUUCAGGAGCUCGGGUGUCAAGUGUCAUGGUCACGGCGGGGCGGCCUGGUGAUACGGCAUCCCCAACACGGUGCCAUUCGUCCUGCGAUUGUGGGGCGAUGUCCGGUGGUUGCAGAAACCCAGGCGUUGGAUUUGAUUAAGGAGAUCGAGUCUCAAAAGCUGCAAUCCCUGGAGAAUGCGACGAGAGCUACGGCGAGAGCUUUGUGGCUUUGGGACUCUACAAGGCCCUGGGCGCAACACCUCAGUGACUUUGUGAGGAUUGGCGGGCGAGCAGCACAGCUUGCAGCUAUGACGGCACCGGGAUCGCCUUUCUCUGCGUGGAGUGAGAUCGAGCGGGCCUUGAUUGCAGAGAACAUCGAGCUGUCCGAUCGUGCUGGUUGGUCGUACCUGCGAGCACUUCCCGGAUCGCGCCAAAGGAGGAAGAGAAUGAUGGCUUUGCCUUGGGUGGUUCACCUUUAUUCGGGCCCUGGAAGGUCAGUCGAGCCGGUGUUCCGAGAGUUGGAUGAUGGACGUGUGUUGGUUCAGAUCGACAUCAACCGCAGCAAGGCGGAGGAUAUGAAUGUGGUGGCUGGGGCCUACAGGGCUUUGUUGUGGGCUGCGGCUACAGGGAGGAUCGAUGGGAUCAUUGGCAGUCCUCCCAAUCGGCCGGAGCUUGUGCAGAGGAUGAUGUGGUUAACGGUAGUGGCGAAG